AUGGGAAAUCAUCUGAAGGUGUGUCCUCAAGGUUUCUCCUGCUGUACUCUGGAGAUGGAGGAGAAACUGAGUCAGCAGAGCCGCACGGACGUGAAAGCCCCCGUUCAUCAGCUCAGCUCCAACCUGCAGAACACCUUCACCCAGAGACACCGUCACUUUGACCAGUUCUUCAGAGAGCUGUUGAGCAAUGCAGAGAAAUCUCUCAAUGACAUGUUCGUGCGGACCUACGGCUUGAUGUAUGUGAAGAACGCCGAGCUCUUCGAGCAUUUCUUCAGUGAGCUACGCCACUACUACAGCCAUGGGAGCAGCGCCGUCAACCUGGACGACAUGCUAGCGGACUUCUGGACGGAGCUUCUGGAGCGCAUGUUCCGACUGGUCAAUGUGCAGUAUGAGUUCAGCGACUCGUACAUGGAGUGUGUCAGUAGGCACACGGAGCAGCUCAAACCCUUUGGCGAUGUUCCACGCAAGCUGCGCCUGCAGUUGACCCGGUCCUUCAUCGCAGUUCGCACGUUCACCCAUGGCCUGGUGCUCAUGCCUGAGGUAGUGGGCAAAGUCUCCACGGUUAGUGCCUCCCCGAGUUGUGUGCGUGCGGCUAUGAAGAUGUUAUACUGCCCGUACUGUACCGGCCAGGUGGCGCUGAAGCCCUGCAAGAACUACUGUCUCAACGUCAUGCGAGGCUGCCUGGCCAAUCAGGCCGAUCUGGACACAGAGUGGAAUAACUUCCUUGAUGCCAUGUUGGGUCUCGCUGAGAGGCUAGAGGGACCCUUUAACUUUGAGUCAGUCAUGGAUCCCAUAGACGUGAAGAUCUCAGACGCCAUCAUGAACAUGCAAGAGAACAGCAUACAGGUCUCACUGAAGGUGUUUCAGGGAUGUGGGCAGCCCAAGCCCAACAUGGCAUUCCGCACCCGGCGCUCUCCUAAAGACUCAGGCUUCCCCGGGCGUUUCCGACCCUACAGCCCUGAUGCCAGACCCACCACUGCUGCUGGCACCAGCCUGGACCGACUGUUGACAGAUGUCAAGAAGAAACUGAAGCACGCCAAAAAGUUCUGGUCCACCCUGCCGGACACUGUGUGUGUUGGAGAACGGAUUGCCAUCGGUGAUGAAUGCUGGAAUGGUACAGCCAAAAGCAGGUACGAAUCUGUCGUCAUAGGCAAUGGCUUAGCCAAUCAGGUGUCUAAUCCAGAUGUGGAAGUUGACAUCACUAAACCAGACAUGGUGAUUCGGCGGCAGAUAGCAGUGCUGAAGGAAAUGACCAGCCGGCUUAAGGCUGCUUACACUGGCACCGACAUCUCAUUUGUCAAUGAGGAUGCCGGCAGUGGAGAGGAAAGCGGAAGCGGCUGUGACUCGCCCCCUUGCGACAGUGACGGGGACAUCUACUUCUCCACCCCAGCACCCGCUAAACCUCGCAUUAUCAAGAUUCAAUCUGACAAACAGCCCUCUAGUGGUACACGGUUGGCACCUUUCAGCCUGGCGCUGGCUGUGACGGCACUCCUGCUCGCCCUGCUCACCCCACACACGAGAUAAGACCGGCUAAGAGAGGAACAGGAUGUGUGUUUGUACGAAUUUGAACAAGAGAGCAGAAAACUGCCAUAGGACA